AUGCAGCGUCAACGCCUCCGCUCCCUCGCUGCCUAUGCACAGCGAGUCGGUGUAGCUCUGGAGCUCUUGGCUGAUGGAUACAACCCCAGCCAUGAUAACGGCAUUAUGAAAGCUGCUGAGGUGUUCGUGGAAGCGGACCACCUUCCCAAUUCUGUAGGUUACGCGCCGCAGCAAAGCGCUGGUCAAAUGUCACUCCUGGGGUACGUCACACAUUCCCUGCAGCGUCCCCUCGGCACGGUGCAAUCCGCUGUUCAGUCAGUGGUGAAACGCGCCAGGGCCGUCCAAACGCUUGCGUUUGUCGUGGCCGGCGGCCCUCUCGACAGCCAAGCAAACGCGCUCCUCGCCAAGAUGGACACGGAGGCAGACCUCCGCACGGAAAGGGCGGAUGCCAUACUCUCACCUCUCGCGUCGUUGCCCAACAUGCGCAAGGCCCAGCCAUCUAUUCGGGCCACCGCACAGAAAAUGAGCGCACAGCCCGCACAACUCGCACAGGUGCAGCAGGCAUUCGCCAAUACGAGCGGCAGUCAAGCGGAGACACCGGACUCGCAGUCGACAGAGGUGGCCUCUCUACAGUGCAUAAAUGGCGUAAAUGCCUACUCCUCCAAUGCCAUCGUUGCAUGCAGGAACUCCAAUGAGAGCUACACAGCGGCUGAGUACGUGGUACUCCCCACACAUGCACAGGAGGCGUGCAGCGGGUUCAUCUCCAACGAUGGGCCGCUCACACAGACUUGUCUGUGUGCCCAAGACCACUACAUGGAAUACGUCAAUGAAACUAGCUACUCGUGCAAUAGUCGCCCAUUAGACGUGCAGGUCAUUCUCGAGGACAAGCACCUGUGCUUCAGCAAGGAUGAUGCGGCGCUGGGGUUGUCUGGAACCAUGGAAGGGGAGUACUGUAUCAGGACUCCUCGCAACAGCACGCUGCAGCUGCCUGUCACGUGGAAGUACAACUUCCUCAGCGAUAACACCAUGCUCGCUGUGGCGGCGUUCGAGUUUCACACUGUGCCUCCCCAGGUACCAAAGGGCCCCAAGGGCCUACAGUGGGUCGUCAUGAAGGCCAGAAGACCUGUUAUGGGCACCUACAGUGAGCUGGCGAUGAGCACAGACGUGUUCAGCUACGUGGUGGCCGGCUACGCUGGCGCAAAUGAGUCCCGGCCGUCACCGAACAAUGUCGGGUUUUACCUCUCCUACAACACCAAACUGCGUUUUGCCUCCGCCUUUUCGGCUGUGUUUUGCUUCACCUCGCCGCGCAAAACGAAGGACCAGAUGAAAGAAGUGCCGCUAGGGCGAACGUCAGCCCUGAAGGAGUACCUCGGCAACGCCAAUGGCGUCUCCCUGCACUCGCUGACCCUCGACCUUUCCACCGUCCCUGACGACUUUGUGGAAGGCAAUCAGAUGUACGUGGAAACAGGCCUCAAGGGGGGGCCGUCAAUCUACCCCCAUCGCGUCUCCCGCAUCCACAUCUCCUUCACCGACGUCGACGAGCCACCCGCCAAUUCGUAUAAAUACAAGAAGCAGUUCAACCCGCUCUACAUACUGCUGAUCGCCGCCAUCAGCAUGGUUGUUGUCGGCACAGGGUUGGCCGUGCUCUGGUACUAUUGCAUGCAGCAGGAUGACUAUGUCGACAACCUUGUGUCGGAUGCGCAGCGUAAAAAGGCCCAGAAGCACCACUCCAGGGCGAAGGCAGGGCCUAUCAGCUAA